AGAGACUGGGCCUGGCCUGGGAAUUUGCAGCUCGCUUCCCAUUCUUCCUAUGCAGACAGACACACAACAUGGCGGACUAGAAUAGUCGGCCGACGCGCCCGGAUACAGCGGAUAAACCGAAGGAUUUAACACCCAGGAAGCCGAAGAAAGUACUCCCGGGAGGGGCUUUACCUUCGGGCGAAAUAAGGGUUUUUAGCGGGGUGGCCUUCUUGCCUGGAUUUAGCAGAAAAACUGACUGCGAAGUGUUGGCAGUGUGUCCCAGAUCGAGCUUCCCUCCUCUGCUAUCACCCAGGUCCCCCCACCCCGCUCUCACUCUCGGUUCGUGGGGUGUGGAGACUGGGGCCGGGGUUGAAAAACGUGGAAGAGAAAGCGAGGAUAAAUCCCUUCUUGGCUGUUUCCCCCUCCUCCUCCCCUCUGGUUUCUUCUGGGCGCUUCAGGAGUUGUGGUGAGUUUUCUUGUUUUCGUUGCGUGAAAGCCUGAAUCCCACUUGUUACAAUGUCGCUGUAGCAGCAUGUUUCCUCUCGCUGUAACAUUGUGUCACCCACAAACAAGCACUUUGUCCCCCACAUUCACUCCAACCGGGUACAUAACAUGAUACCUGGAGUUACACCAGUGCUGGAGCAACAAACAGGGCUGUGUUUAAUAGUUGGAGCUCUCUAGUCGAAACGCCUCAACAUUUUAGAAGUAGCUCGGAGGCAGGGAGGGAUAUUUGGCGAAGGGGGCUCUGAAGAAAAAGGGGGCUUAAAGAUGAGCGCAGCUACAUUUUAGGAGUCCGAGCUUGUAACUUGGUGUGUUGCGCCAACACGGAUGCUGUUGCGCUGGCAGUGGAACAAAGAGGGUCCAGGUCUGUGCUGGCUCACUGGAAAGUACACUUUAUUGAUCAACGCUUUGUUAUUACACGUUCAGAGAGGGUGGGGAGCUGGCGGGGUCGGUGGGUGGGUGGGUGGGAAGGGGGGUCUUCAUACGACCCACAACAGGAAUUAGGUCGCCCUAACAUUAACAUGUUGGGUCUGUCAAAUCACAGCGGCUGCUUUGUGUUUCUGCUCUCUGACAUGGAGUCUCUGGAGUGUGCAUUCCCCCCCAACAACCUCUCCCAAAGUUUUCUGUAAUGAUUAAUAUUCUCCUCUCUUUCUGGGUGUAACCCAGCAUACCAUUUCACUGUUGUGGGUGUUGAAGUUCUUUAAUACUUCUCUUUUACUUGCACUCUUAAGUAAUGAUUUCCCAGCUCAUUAAAGCAUGGAUUAGUGUUUUAAUAGGUUGUUUGUUACUGGAAAUGGUGACGAUUAGAUAAGGAAUAUAAAUGAAUGCAGCUGUUUCUGCUGCUGCUGCUGCAAGAGCUUUGCACCAGGACAGAGCAGACGUGUAAAAGUUGAAGAAGAAAGAAGCAUGAGCCAUGCUGAGGAACAUGACAGAGCUGAGCUUGUUACAUGCCACUGUAUCAGGAGGAACCUCUUCAUGGUCUUCAUGUGGAUGAUCUUCUUCCCCUUACCUCUCCAAAGCACAGUUCUGACUUGGGAGAGGCCACAGUGUCAUGUCAGUGCCAUCAGUGUGCUAAAGUCACAAACAUUUGUUUCAGUGUUGAUUUUUGAAAUUAUUGUACCAGCCUCCUUCACUGACCACUAUAUACAUUGAUGGUACCUUAUUCUAUCAGAUUACAAAGUUCAACAGGUUUCAGGUUAAUUAUCGCAACAACCGCACAUUUGCAGCAGAGAGAGUAAUGUAUUCAAGCUAGCAAAAAAUAUGGCCAAUUCAUGUUUUUCCACCAAUAAUAUUGGUUUGUAUAAUCUGUUACACUGAUACUCACAGCUGAAUAUCAUGUGCCGUACAGGGUUAAACAAAAAAAGUAGUAUUUAAACAUCUCUCGCUGCACCUACCACAGCUGACUCCUUCCUCUCUGUGCUCCAACAGCAGGCCUACCUUGACCUUCCACUGUCAGGCCUGGACACGUCUUUCCCUUUCCCAACAUGCCAUGCAACCAUCUUUGGUUGUCAAACCGCCUCAUCUUAGGAAAAUUCAGACUGUGUGAGGGGGGGAAAGGGCCCAGAAAUGCAGAGCUGUUAUCAUCUCUGUCCGUAUCUUAUUCAGCCUAUUUUGAGAAAAAAGGAGUUAUUUCUGUCUUGGGAUUCUGAAAGCGUUUCAGCGGAGGAGCCUGAGUGAUCCUCACACCGCACUUUUCAUCAUUGGCCUAGUUUCUAAAAAUACAACAUAAAGUAUAGCAUGAAAGAGCCUCGAGGGGACUUUGCGUGAAGUUUCAAUGGGAGGAUCUUUGAAGUUUAACUCCUGUGUUGUGAAAUUUCACAAUUUCAGGGUGCUGACACAAUAUUAUGAGUUGUCCCUCUGGGUGGGGCAGGAGGUAUAUUUUUGUUUCCACCUGUGUGCCGAACACAUUUCAAUGUGGAGAGCUGUGUAAUUCAGCCUCUAACAGGAUCAACACGGCUACAUUUAGGGGAUUAUGAGGCUUUCAGGAGCCUGAUUUCAGACAUGUUUGAUAUGUCAUUCAGCCGUACGUUGACAAUAAUUUUACCACACAGGAAGUGAACCGGUGUGAGGAUGGCUUACUGUUAAUAAAUCUAAUCUCUGGUCUGACUUUGGAGACUCCUUUUAGACUUAUUCAGAUUUGUUUCGUCUGUCUUAAGACAUGGUUGAAAAAAAUCUUUGUUUUGCAUCCUCCUGAUGUGGAAGCAAAGAUGUUUCUGGGUCACAGUGACUGUGAUGGUUAUGACAAUACUUUAUUUCUUAUAGCAGACUUCAAAGACCAAAUUAAAGAGUAUUUUGGAUGUGUGGGAAGUUUCCUUUAGCUCACGUGAUACAGGUCUGCUAUAAUCAAUUAUUUCCCCCAAUGAUAACGGUAGUAACUGUUUGAUUUCAGGAUCACACAAACUCGUCCCUCUUCCUUGUGAACAGAGAAUUCUUUGUAUGGGGUACGUUUUAGCACCACAGUUUUGUUAAUGGGACCACUAUUUGCUUGCCUAUUUUAGGAUUUAUAUUUCCUAUUUCGUUUAAGGGAAAGCAGAAAUUAUGAGCUGAACAUCCCAUUCGAUUACCUUGUGGUAUUGUCACGCAGUCCAUUUCUGUCCCGUGGAAAACUUUGAUGUUCCCUUUCAAACAAUGCCCCACAGUGGAGGUCAGAUUUAGGGUGGAUUGAAAACCAGCAGAGAAGAAGCCACAGUUAUAAAUAUUUAUAUUUGCCCUUGGCAUCAGCCUUCAAGGCGACAAGACCUUUUGCUGCCCUGCUGUGAAAAAUUGUCCAAAGAACAUGUUAAGCAAGCUGGAAAAGUCUUUGAAUACAUCACCUGAAGAUGACUCUGGAAGCACAGGUUUUUUUUUUUUUUGAAAAGUUAUGUGACGGCUCUGCUGUGAAGUCUCAGAAGCUGGUUUCCUUAUCUGUCAGAGGAAGAGGAGGGGACAGAGGGCAAGAGGAUGGUCACUUCAGAUACGAACGCCUGUACUCAUCAAGGGCUCGGUUUCAUUUGAAUUUAAUGUUGCAGACUGUGAGCGCUUUUGAUUUGAUGGAUCGUAUCUUUAAGUUUCAUUUAAGUAAGAAGUAAGAAUUUGGUCAGUGAUGACCUGUCUAAAGAGCUUAUAUGAGGUAUUACUUUUGAUCAACGUAUGCCUUCCAUAUAGAAAAAUCAAUGGUUAAACAAAAAGCUGAAUGCUUCAUUCACUUUUUCUGACAAAUUGGGAUUUAUUCUAUUUAAUCAUUAUCAUUGCUGUUAAGAUUAUAUCACUUUGGGAUUUGUGUGUUCUUGAGUCCAACCAAAGAAAACUUAAGUAUCAAAUAAGCCCCUAAACCUCACCACCCCUUGGAUCGUCAAAUAUGUAACUCAGAUCAGACUGGACAUAAAUGACAAACCUGAGCUGAUAUUUGACACCAUGCUAGGGCCUGAAAGUGGGAUAUUUUACUUCCUGCCAAAAAAGUACUGAGCCCUGAUCCCCAGCCGGAGUUGCAUGCUGGAUGUAGAAAUCAGCGUUGCUUGUUCAAUUUUUUCAAAGCAGAAGUGAUAGUGACUCAGGUUUCGUUGUGGCCCUUAUGCCGGCCGUUUGGCCCCACACCACACACGCUUCAAGGUCACAGUGGCUUCUGUGGGGAGGCCAUGCUUUGCGCCUCCACAUCCUCUCUGUGUCCAAUGUGGGAAAGCUUGAGAGGCCCCUGGCAUGCUCUGUGAGAAACCCCACAAUGAAGUGAACACAGAACAGAGUGGAGCUUCACUGACUCACCACUUUCACAGAUUGAAACAAGUGAGUUUUUUUUUAUCCUUCCAGCCCAGUGGAACCAAAUCAUCAUUACAGGCUUAAUAACAGACACAGCGGUCACUCUUGCCUGUAUGAUUAGCCAAAAUACUAAUCCCUCACUUCUCUGGGUCUUUUCAUCAACUCACCAGCUCAUGAAUGAAGCCAACAGGAACAUAAACCACACCAGCAGGGAGUAGUAUCCCUCAGAAAGGGAAGUCCAGAGGAUUGUGGCUGUUGUAUGUGGCACCGGGGACAUAUAAUCUGUGGUCUGUUUCAGAGCGAGUCGUAGCAGCCCCGGGUUAGACCUACUGCAGUCUCCUGUGAAGAGAAGCAUUCACAGUGUUUCUGUUGCCCCAGACCACCCUCCUCCCCCUCUCAAGACAUAGAAACAGUAUUAAUAUGCUAUGAAUGGAGACAGACAGACAAGCGUUAUCUGGCACUGCAGCGACUAAAGAAGCAGGAUGCCUUGUAGAAAGCCAGAGGGAAAUAUUUCUCUGCAUGAAUGGUAAAGUCCCCUUGACCACCACCGCUGGUGUCAUGUCAGCCAGGCCUGCAGGGGUUUGUGUCUGUUUGGUUUCCAGCUCACUCCUUUGCCUUAGGGAUGGCUGCUGUGAAUAAUUAAUAAGAUUUGUUAGUUUUAAAAAUAAAACUGAACAUCCUCGAUGCUUUCAGGCAGUGCCCAGCUCAAAAAUAUCUAACAAACUGAAAAAGUAGCUGAAACAAAAAAAAACCCCACAGACUUUUGCAGGAGUGCUCUGUAUUAAAAGACUAACUUCCAUGGAUCUAACGGCUUCGCCUUUGGUUGUCAUGGAGAUAUAAUUGGAGUUCCUUUAUAUUCUACCUUUAAGUGUUUCUUUACACUGUGUGAAUGAAAUGGCAUGGGAACAGCCGAGUCCUUUCACUGCUGUUUGAUUGCCCUCCUAUGAGGUCUGCAGUUGGCCACCGGCACAGGAGCAACUGUCUUCAUUAACUGGCUAACCACUCGCCUCCACAUUAAGCAGCAAGUAGGUGACUGCACAAUGGUGGAGACUCUGACUCAAAGGCAUGAGAAUUAAAUAUGGUGUAUUUUACUAUGCUAUCUUAAAUGACUAUCUUACAUCGUACAUGACUAUUGGAUAAUGAACUAUUUCUGUGUAUUUUUACCCAUAAUGGCAAAACUGAUUUGUUAGUUUAGUCAAUUGUGGAAAUGUCCAGAUAAAACCUUUUCUCUUUGCAAUGCUAAAGGUCCUUACACACCGGUAACGAUGCAAAUAUACGACGCGAAAUUACUAAAUAUUCAGAGGCAAAUUUUGACGCACCUGACUAUAUCAAGUGCAAUACGAUUUUGCGACUUUCCGGGGGAAAAAAGACGCGUCCCGGGUGGAAGCGAGAAGACUGACACAACAGCAGACUGAGUGUUUUUCAGUUCUUUAUAGACACUAGUGUUGAAAUGUCUGUCUGUCAUGAUAGCAUGUACAGAGUCGGGGCCAGUAUUAGAUAAGCACAUUAAACUAUAAUCCAUAAACGUAAGGUAACAACCGAGACCUAAUGGUGCUGUGACAGCAACGUGAUUGAGUUUGAGACAGUGAAAAUACGUAUGGUAUGUUGUAUCUGAACAGGUUAGCUUACGAGCUAAAGUUACUUUGCACAGAUGAAAGUUAAAACAAAGACGUUUAGCAAACUGUUAAAGCACACAAACCAUCGUCAAAUGAAAAAUCCGACGCUAUGACUCUCCACAAGUUGUCCUUCAGGUCGUUAUCUUUGUAAUGUUUGUGUCUUUUAUCAAAAAGCACUCUGUUCUCCGACACGUAAACAAUCAGCCAGUCGGCCAUGUUGGAUAUACUGGUGAAUCUGACAUCGCAGCAACACGAAAUCUGAUUGUCAAAGUGGACACACAGUAUGCGAAACUUAAGAAAAUUCGUCCGUGAUACAAAAAAGUAAAUGCUGCAGUAUUGCAGGGCAGGAAAACGUUGCUGAUGUGAACGCUUGUAUUUACAGGAUACGGGUUCGAAAAAAAAUAUUGAUCUCCGAAAUAAUCGCACGAAAAAAACGGUCCCGGUGUGUAAGGACCUGAAAUCUUGAACAACAAUGUUGUAGCCACUGACAGUGAUUCUUCAAGUAAACGUAAUUCCUUCAGUUGUGUUUCUUUUCUGCCACAGGUUUUGGUUACAGGGUCUGUUGGUUCUUAAAAGAUGAAACAGACCUUUACUUUCAAUUCCACUAUCAGUAAAGCCCUUAUCAGGUGAAUACCCUGAAACUGAAGCCUAAAAACAAAGCCCUUCAAAUGAACUAGGCUAAUGUAAACACAGUUAUGUUGGCGGGUAUGCGACCUGUAUCUCUGAUGCAUCAAAAUCUGUGAGGAUUCAGUAAACCCACUACCCACACAUGCCAACGACGCUCCUCUUUUGAACCAUCAACCCACAAGUGUUUCCCCAACAGCCCCUAAACUUUCAGAUUGUUAAUGAAUUUAUAGCUCUGUCUCACACACCUUAGCCAUUUGUUGAACUUAGUGAACGUGCAUGUAACAGAAAGGCACCGAGGUGAUUAUUAGGGGUGUGAAUGUGCAUGUUUUAGUACAGGACUUCCAGUACGGUGUAUAUGCGCACUGAAUUGAAUGCAUGAUAUAGACCAAAAACUCACGAAUGAGUUCCCAUUCGAUUGGAAGACAGAAGUGGACAGAACAUACUUUUUUUUUCACACUUAAUUUUCUCAUGAUAUGUCCUGUAGCAUCAGAAAAAUGCCAUAUGAACAUGUAGACAACAAGAAAAACAUGAUUUUCAUCGAAGUGGGUCUGUAAGGUCUCCUGUGUGAGAACACUGCAGUUUCCUUGUGAAAUGUGACAAUGGACAAACCAAAGUAGACAAGGCAAGAACUGUUGACUGUCACAGUUUGGCAGCAGUUACUGGCAACACAUCCAACAUGUUAACACAUUUGUAGUGGCAGAACACAGACGUGCUAUAACAAAUGUUAUAACAAAUAAAUGCUUUUAUUUUAGUGGAUCUAUGAAUCUUCUCGGUUAUUGAGAGUGGAGGAUUUAAACACGCUAAUCGUGAUAGAGCCUUGAUAUAAAUUUGUUCUUCUUCAUUUCAGCAGCCCUUUAUGAACAACCAAAGCUGCUGUUGCGCACAGCUAAUCCAAGACCCUUGUAGCUCUGCCGAUGAACAGCUGGUGCUUGUGUUUCCCUUACUGUACCAAAAAUUGACCAAGCCAUGACUUCAGAUCCUACCAACCGUGGUUUUUGUGUACCGUUACACCCCUAUUGAUCAUGGAUGUCUGCCUGGUAGCGUUAGCCCCAGUUAGCUUGCAUGACACGUAAAUAGUUAUUCCAAAGAAGGAGAGAGCGUAUCCAGCAGUGCCUGAGUGCGCACCAUGCAACCUCUGUACCUAGUUGUGCUCUUUUUACUGGACUUCUUGUUUGUUUGGUUAACUUCUUAGUCUGCCGGUACAUUUCAGCCUUUACUGAUCAGCGAGGCGCUGUUGCUGCUACUUUAACUAACCAGUUACGCACUAGAUGGAACUUGUUGUUACCCAGGUAACCACAAAAUAUGUAGAUGCUUGUCAGAUAAUUAACACUGCAACAGAGAAGCCCAAGUUUAGGACAGUUUUCCUGUUGGCUGUUGAUGAGUGUGUGGCAGACAGUGAGGAAAAUAAAAAGCCUAGACAAUAAAAACAUGGAGACCUUACUGUUUUUCUUUUUACAGAAGUGAAUCGCAUUCAGUGGAUUAAAAAGAAUUAGACACAUUAUCGCGUAAUUCAGAGAUCCUGAAACUCCCACACAGGCUUCCUACUCUGUCUUUGAUACUGUAAAAUACAAUCACUAGACAAUCUGCUUUAUAAGAGAGGCAGGAGGGGAAAAAAAUCAUCUUCAAUGUGUUUUAUUUUUGUUGUAGAAAGCAGGAAAAAGCCGGCGAACAAUCAGAAAAAACAAAUGCUCUUAUUGGGUUGGCUCUUAUGUUUUUUUGUGUAAUUAUCUCUAUAGUACCUGUUAGUGGGUUGGGUUUAUUAGGUGGCAAGUGAACCUUUUUACCUCAAAGUUGACAUGCUGAUGCAGGAAAAGUGAAUGAGUGGCAGGAUGUGAGCAACUUGGACAUGGAACAAAUUGUGAUGGCGCCAUGACUGGGUCAGAGCAUCUUCUGAACGGCAGCUCGUGGGGUGCUGUCCACCUGCAGUGGCCAGUACCUCCCUAAACCAGUAAACUCAUGUGAAUCAGGACACUCAUAAAAACACAUUUGUAAUGAGUGGGUAAUGACUUAUUCAGCCUUAAGAAGAGAAUUUCAGGAAACAAACAGGAUGAAAAAUGAGGAAAGUGCAUCUCAUUUUUAAGGAUUCAACAGCCUUGUCCCUUCCACAUCGUUUAACUAAAAUAAGAUCACAGACCACCAAGUAUUUGGAUGCCUUGGCUUUAUAAAAGGCAUGAGUAUAAAAGAGUUAUGUGAUGUACAAUGUAUACAUAAAAUAUACAUAUUAAUCAGUCUUCCAUUGCUAUGCUGUUGCCACACCUUUUACAGGAGUGUUACCAGGGUUUAAGCUUUAAAGACUGAGCUCAUAUAUGUUAAAAUUGGGUCAUUAAAUUUUAAAUACCGGUAGCUUUGUGCACAGAGACAUGCGUCAUAGUGACAAAGAAAGAAGAGGGAGGAGAUUGCUCUGAAAUAUUCUGUACACUCUAUGACCUGUUGUUGUUUUAUUUAUUUAAUAAAUGAUGUCUCUGUUGUAUGUAUCUUGUUAUAACAGUUAUAACGUUGGUUGAUCUUAUCAAGAAUCCUUUAGAAAUUAUACUUAUUCUACACUCAGACACCAGCUGAGCAAAGUGAGACAGGUAGACAGAUAACCUGAUGUUAUCAACACAGAGUUGCCUUCAGCCAAGGUGAUUUGGACAACUUCUUUUAUCCAACAUAAGUUCUGCAGAGGUUUAAUUAAGGAGCAGUACAGGUGACCUCCAGGUAAUUGUCCUGGACACAGAUUCAGAGUAAAAGCAUUGUGUGAAAACAAGAGUGUGGCGAUGUAAACCAGGCUUUUGCUUUGAAAAGCACUCCCAAAGUGCUUCUAAUAUAUGUGAGAAGAAAAACAGCCUUUUACACUCAAGAGAGGAUAGAAACAGAGCCCUGAUUGUCUCCAUCUGAAAUAAUACUUCAAUAGAAAACAUUACUCUUUUUGCUAAUCCUGCACUGGUAUCAGCCGAAACAUGAUGUAACAAGAGCGUAAUCUUAAAAAAAAAAAAACCCUGAAUACUAACUUUAUUGACAGAGUUUUGAACACAACACUUUCAGGUGAGGGUUUUAAAAGGACUUGGCUGAGUGUGGCCACUCAGAUGUAUCAUUUUGUUAUGUAAGCAAUAAAGAAGCAGCAAUUAUUUCAAAACUAGUCAAAAAUCUCUCUUUAACCAUCAACCCAUAACAUACACAUAGUAACAGUACUAUGUGUAUUUGUUUUAUUAAUUUUUAACUGUGUAAUUCAGUUUUCUGUUCCAGUUGUCAUUACUUUUGUCCCACUGUAACCCACUCACUGUGAAAUGUAACUGUUUAGGAAACUGUGAUGAUAUAAGCUAUGCUUUUGUGCUGGGUUUUCACAUUAGUAUAUUCCUGAUCUGUUAUUUUACUGGACACCAGCCAACCAAUAUCUAUUAAAUAUUUAUCAAUUUAGAUUUAUACCUAUAAAAGCCCCUAGAAAGGUAAAAUCUCAAAAUCUAUUCAUGAUAUUAUUGAUUACAAAUCUGUACAUUUUCUAAAUAGGGAAACGUGUCAAACAAAUGAAUGCAUUUGUUUAAAAUCAAGAAAUCUGAAGUAUACAGUUCCUGCUGGAGAGAAGGAAUCAUCUCAUCAUAGGAUCUGUCAUUCAUGCUAAAACAGUAUGUUCCUUCUAUACCACAAGUAUGCGUGUGUUGCUGAAAUAUGUGUUGUAAAGAAAGAGGUCUGAGUCAUGUUUGAUUCUCCUCAAAGCGGAAGUAAGUGUCCUGUCACAUUUGUAUUCUUUAUUCCCUCCAGUCAAACUAUUGAUUUUUGUUGCUUGUUUCCUGUCAUAGUCUUAAGAAAACUGAGGCAGCUCUGUGCUUUGCUACAAGGGUGGCUCACCCCAGAUGUGACUGCUGUAAUGGCUUUUUCUAUGUGUGCUCCGCUUUAUCCAAGAAAAUAUUCACAUGGUUGCACAAGCAGAGCCUAAGGUCAGGAGAGAGCAUGAGCUGUAUGACUACCUUUUAGUUCAUUCAUUCACUAAUAGAUGGCUCAGGCUUGUUUCCUCUGCAAGGACUAGCACGAGGAAAGUGUUGGCGAGGCAUUUAGCCUGCGCUUGUUGACAUACUAAGACGAAAGAUGGAUUUAAAGAGAGCUAGAUGUGGGGGGUUUGACAGAGUAUAAACUUGGCAAUAGUGUCAUUACCAAUUAGAGACCCACUCCGAUGAAAAUCAUGUUUUUCUUAUUGUCUGGUGCUGAUGCUACAGGACAUAUCAUGAGAAAAGGAAUCGUGAAAUUACAUUUCUGAGUUUUUCUGCAUUCAAAUUGCUGUGAACCUCUGGCUGACCCAAACGGCAGGCUCAGACACAGGGAGAUUUCCUAUGUCACAACUGCAAGCUCCGCCCCCAGAGCCCCGCUAUGCAGGCCAGACUCAGAGAAGUAGAGGGGACAGUUGAGGAACACGCGUGUGUGAUAGCAGAUUGCAAUGCUUGUAAGAAAGCUAAUUAUGAUAUUAGCUUUUAUCAUGCCCCCAAAUACAUUAGUGUCUCAGAGCUUAAUAGCUCCCAUGUUAUCUGCCACUUCUACAACACCGGCAAUGUUAGGCUGCAAGCUAGUGUGAAGAGGAGUGUGCAGAGCAGCACUUUCUCCACCCACGACUCAGAGGCUAAUUGCUAAUAAGCUACUGGGGCUCUGCAGAAGCAAAGCUCUAGAAAAUGACACAGGUAAUGUGAUUUUGGCUGAAAACGUAAUAGUCACAAUUUAAAGACCACUGAUGACACUUUAAAUAAUAAAAAAGAAUACAACCGGUGUGGGACUUUAAAAUGUGUUUUACCCCUCAAACACCGAUGCAACCAUGGUGGCAGGUGACGGUGACUUUUAGCUAGGGAUACACCAAUCCGAUAUUUGGCUCGGAUAUCUGCUCCGAUAUUGACAGGAUCGGAUAUCGGAUGAAUGACGCUGAUCCAGCUUUCCAAUCCAUUUUUUUCCUUUUAAUUAAUUUUUCUUUUAAUACAUGGAAGUCUUUUUUUGCUGUGUGCUGAUGUGCAAUUGGCCAUUUGUUAAUAAAUAAUAUUCAGUAAAUUUAUAUCUGUGUUAAUUUGUUACCUUUUUUUUAACAAGGCUAAUGUCAAGCCUGAUGCCUUCACUCACAGAGCAAGGUAUACAGUUCAUUCGUGCAACAAUAGUAUUGGAUCGGUACUGGAUAUUGACCGUUAUGCUCAGCCCAGGUAUCGAUAUUGGAUUAGAUCAGAAAAAAAUGGAUUGGUGCAUCUCUACUUUUAGCUCAUGACUAGGUUUUCUUGAGUCCAAGUCAGAUGAUUGAAAGAAUCGAGCUGUUUGGUCAGAAGAACGACCGAAUAUUCCUGAGAAAUUGCUUUUGAUUGUAGCUUUCUUAACACUCGGUCUGUGUGAUGAUGAAUACAGACGCAUUUAGAAAGGCAUUGCAGGCUUGUUUGAGGGGAGAGGAGGGGGGUCCUAGGAACUUACCUUGUGUUAAACUGCAUAAGGCCUUUUUCUUUUUAACACUGUAGCUGCAAAAAGCAUAAAAAAGAUAUAAUCUUCAGUUCACCUCACCCAUCCCUUUUGAUAAACAAAAACAAAGAUGAGAAGUGCUUUCAGUUAAAUCUGAUGACGAAACAUGGAGGUCAAUCAGUUACUGUGAAAAGUGUGGGUAGUUUUCCAUUUGUGUGUGUCCUUUUGAUGGGAAAGUCGGUUAGCAAAGGUUAAAGUAUGAUACUCUGUUCAGCCAAGAUAUGAGUCAUUUACUCAAAUGUUAAUGUUCUGUAUGAUAAUGUUCAUCCAUCCUGACCAUUGAGAAAUAUGUCAUCAGAAAAGAUUUUGAUGAGCUGCAAAUGAUUAAAGCCCUUAAAUUAUUUGAAACUCGUGCAAAGACAACACUGAACUGAAAAAAAUGUAUUAUUUCAUGCAAAAAUAAAUGCUCAUUUAAAAUUUAAUUCCAGCAAAAUGUGUCAAAAAGUAGGGACAGGAGUGUGAGUAUUAUUGUACUGUAUCACCUUUGUCCUGGUGCACUGAUGAACUAUGUCCUGAUAACAAGCCAGGUGAUCCCUGUCCACUUUGAAGUAGAGGGAGGGCAUGAUGUAAUUCCUAAAAUAAAUAUACUUUGAUUAGUCAGACUACAGGUUUCCACUUCAUCUCAGUCUACUUCAAUUGGGCUGGACCUUGAGAAGCUUCAAGCCUUUAUCACGUUCAUGUUCGGUUUCCUCUCUAAAUUGUCAAGUUUUAGCCUUUAUUUGUGGUGAUUUGGAACUCAUUUCACCACAGAGUCAUGUCUGUUAUUGAUGCAGUGCUGUCUGAGGGCUGCAGAUCACAGCCAUUCAUUUCUUGGUUAUCUGACUUAUUCUAUUUGUACAGAGAUUUGUUUAGAUUCUCUGAAUCUUGUUUGUUUUCGAUGGUGAAAUACCUGGAGUUCUACAGUUUUCUGCAGGGAAACAUCACUGUUGAACUGUUUGCCCAUGCAGUCUCUCACAGAGGGGUAAACCUCUUUGCAUUUUUACUUCUGAAAGUCUACCUAUUUGGAAUGAUCUCUUAAUACCCAGUCAUGCUGCUAACAUGCUGCAAUUUAACCUGAUAAGUUAAGAGAUGUUCCUCCAGGAUUUUUUUUUUUGCUUUACUAAACUUCUUUUGGAUUUUUUGGUGCCUGUCCCGACUUUUUGAAAUGUGUUGCUUACGUCAAAUUCAAAAUGAGCAAAACUUUAAGGAAAGUGUAUGCUAGGGGUGGGAGAAAAAAAUGGACACAGCAUAGUAUCACGAUAUUUUGUGUGGUGGUAUCGUAUCGUCUCAUUUACCAAAUAUAGAUUUUUUAAAAUGAUUGCUAAAAUGAAGUCAUAUCUGGAAAAAUAAUGGAAAAAUAAAAUCAACUGUUUGUCAGUGAGGUUGGCAGAGGUCCUCAUAGAGCAGGAGAAAGUUAGUGCAACAAAUAUAAGGUUUGCAAGAUGUGCUAUAUGAAAAUAAAAUACUGUGUAAAUAAGACAAACAUUAAGAAAAGUAAAAUGCUAAAAUAGCUUAACAGUUAAAAAAAUAUUAAUCAUAAAAUAUUGUAUCGCAAUAAUCGCUGUCUUGCAAAAUGUUAAAAAACGUAAUACAAUCGUAUCGUGGCCCAAGUAUCGCGAUAAUAUCGCAUCGUGGCCCAAGUAUCGUGAUAAUAUCAUAUCAUGGCCCAAGUAUCGUGAUAAUAUCAUAUCACGGCCCAAGUAUCGUGAUAAUAUUGUAUUGUGGCCCAAGUAUCGUGAUAAUAUCGUAUCGUGGCCCAAGUAUCGUGAUAAUAUCGUAUCGUGGCCCAAGUAUCGUGAUAAUGUCAUAUCAUGGCCCAAGUAUCAUGAUAAUAUUGUAUUGUGGCCCAAGUAUCGUGAUAAUAUUGUAUUGUGGCCCAAGUAUCGUGAUAAUAUUGUAUCGUGGCCCAAGUAUUGUGAUAAUAUCAUAUUGUGGGGCCACCAGUGAUUCCCACCCCCAGUGUCUGCUCUAAACUAACUUCUUAGUUUCGUCAUUUGAUUUGUUGCAUUUGCUCAGUUUUUAAUCAUAUGUAGGUUUAUUUCUUCAGCAGAUCAUCAGAAUUUUUUUUAUCAACAUUUUUCAGAGCAUGCAUCUUUUCAGGGGUCGGUGUUGUAUUUAGACUGAUUCCAUGUGACCUCCAUAUUUCCAUCUGAGUUACAGUUAGUCAUCACGCAGGUUAUCCUUUUAAUAUAGAACCAUGGCAGCACCAAACCUAAAAAUGGCACAAAUAGAAGUACUUGCCUGCGUAAAUUAAUAAUGAGCUCUGCCAACACAUAAGUCUGUUAAAUAAAGAAUGCCCUGCCUUUACACACACACACACACACACACACACAUCUAAACUACUGGCCCCCAGGAGGCUGAAACACAUUAAGAUGCAUCUCCAGGGAGUUGUUGUCGUGGGUGCACAGUCCCCAGAUAAAAACCUCUUGUGCACCGGCAGCAUCUGUGAAGUGAAGGUUAGCAACAGGACCAUCACACCAACCAUCACAGUGACACGUCAUCCUGCCUCCCUGAAAGCACGCAGAUAGCAGUGAGUCAUGCUUGGUUAAGGAAAGGAUAUUAAAAAGCAUUUUGAUGUGAGCAUACCUAUCCGUAGGUUUGGUUGACCCAACACACAUUCAGAUAGAUGCUGUAUGACACUGAUUCACUGAUAAUGGCACAAAUCAACAAGCUUGUGAAUCACUCUUGAACUAUAGAGGAGGAUAGUAGAGGUAGUGUACUCCUCACAGUAAAGUCAAAGUGUUAAAGGGAGAUGUUAAGCAUCCACAAAUACAGCAGACUGUGACACAGGGAGUAAUGCUCCUGUACCGGUUUUAAAAUUUACUUGUCUGAGAAGAGAUUUCUUCCCAGACAACUGAGGUACAGAUGUAAAAAGACUGUUUAUGUAUUUUUUUUUAAGAUUAUCAGUACAAAAUUCAAGCUGCAGCAACAACAAUUUGUUAACAAAUCAUCAAUCAAUCAUCUCAAGGAUCAAUCAUCUUUAUUUGAUUUCCAAAGACAAACAUUUUUUUUCCCAGUUCCUUUAUUGAAAGUAUCUCCUUGCUUUAUAUUCCAUGAUUUUCACCGAGGCUGUGAGAUAUUUGAAGACUUUACUUGCGCUCUACUGCAUGAUUUAUAACUGAAUAAAGAGAAUAGUAAGCAGAUCAAGACAGCCAAAAAAAAAGAAAACGAUAUUAUUUGCUGCCCUAAAAUCAGUGAGAAUCAGUCAGUCAGCUGUCAGGAUUUCAAGACCCUCAACUGUGCAAGAACAAGCCAAGAAGAAUGUCCAAAUGCUCAAAAAUAUUUUUGAGAAGUUUAUCAAAAUAUCUCUGGUUUAAUAUCCCUUUUGUCCUUUUUCUGAAUCCUGUCAUUGUUUCUGGAAGCAGGCAUUUGGCUGGAUAAAUGGACGAGGGACACAGAAAGAGGGAAAGCUACAAUUGGAUUUGUAGGUUAAUAGCAUCCUCAUUGACAACAUAACUUGCUCAUCAUGCCCCAUUUCAGGCUGCAGUCAGAGCCAAACAGCGCUGCACCAAAUCCAGAAUGUAAGCACUGCCAUGAAUGAGCUUGGUUCAAAACACCAGAUGAUUGGCAACUGGCACUAUUAAAGCUUUCAGCACCCAAAUUAUCCUCUGCCCACUGAAGCAAUAAUCCCUGAUGUAAAGCAUCAGUUUGUGUGCGCGGGCGGUGCACGCAGCGCUUGGCUCAGUGCAGCGCUGAAGUAUCUCUUUGAGCAGAGCCAGACGGGCUGGAUUAUUCCAGGGUCAGGACCAUGGGAUUAGGUCCAGGGAUUUUCACAGCUCAGUCAGGGAGACAACAGCCUUGUUGGCCUCUGGGAUUAUACAGAAGACUGACAGUGAGCCGGCCCGACCACCCUCUGGCCUCUGUCAUACUUUCUCCAAAGUCUGUCUAUCCUCAGUCCUCCUCUCACUCAUCCUCACACCAGUGGGUGAUGAUUGCUGAGUCACUGUCACUGCAGGAAUUUCGAUGUGACACUAAUUCUGUUUUGGUCAUGCCUUGGGCAAUGAAUGGGUCAAAUGUUCCUUAGGCAUGUUUUUGUGUUGUUCUAAAAAGACCAAUGUGAAUAUCUUGGUGAUAGUGCAACGAUAUAUGCAUAUAUAUUUAAGCGUAUGUAUUUUACAACGUAUUCCUGAAUCUCAACUUCAUGGUUUUCCUGGAAUCAGGAAUCUGAAAAAGCAAAUUCUUUUAACUAAAAGCACAUCGUAACCAUAUAUAGAGGAUAUUAGGGGUGGGAGAAAAAAAGUAUCACAAUUUUUUAAACCGAUUUUUAUGUUCAAAAAGCCUUCAAGAUUUAAGAAUAAAUCUUAAAAACUGACUUACAUGUGAUGUGCAUUUUGGGGGGAAAUAUGGUUCCUGGAAUAGUCAGUAGACAAUCAUAAUCAUUCAACUGUUUCACUGGUGUUAAAAAUGCAGACUAAAAAUCGAGAAAAUCGACAAUAUUGUAGAAUGGCAAUUUAAAUCGAAUCGGCAUCCAAAAAAUCGUAGAAGAAUCAAAUCAGGAGAAAAGAAUAUCGUCACAAUAGUCGUCACAUAAAAUUUAAGUAGAAAUAUCUAUAGAAAAGUGUCUCUGAGUACAAACCUGUCCUACUUUUUCAUCCUGAUGCUGAUUCUGCAAAAGUAUUUUGUAAGGAGCUAGUUCUAGUAAAUAAAUCAUACCAUCUCUGUUGAACCACAAGACAGUAAUGAGUGUCCCGGAGUGAUGCCAAGUAUCUUCUGUUUGCUUUGCAGGACCACGCUGUGCGAAUGAGUGAUUGAUGCCAUCUUCGCUUCUUCAGGUAAAAAUGCUGAGCUCACGGGUUUACAUAAUGCAAGAUUUUUUUUUUUUUUUUAGAUUUAAGGAGUUCAAUCUUUUUCAAGUGAACAUGAUCAGGAUAGAGGGUUUAAAAAGAUAUGGUGGAUUACAUAACCCAUAAAACUUUAAUCUCUACAGUUUGAUGAUGAAAAAAGUUAUUUUGGUCAAAUGACAUUUAUGAUUGGUUCAAACGAGAUUGAUUUUUUUUUUUUUUUAAACUAAUACCCUGCUGUCUCUGUCCUACAUGUAGGGCAGAAUGGGUUUGUGUCCCCUGCUCCUGCUGAUUGGUCUAGCCCUUGGGGCAUCAGGCCAGGAUGAUGUCCCCAUCACAAGUAUGAACCACAUCCACUGAAUCCAGAUUGAUCUACUCAUUAUUUCUUAAAUUGAAAUACUUGCAACAAAAAAUGCUAACUCUACACUGUUUUCUUUCUCCAGGUCCUCCAAACAUCACUGCCAUACCCACAGACCCUCCUGUUGCACCAUCUCUUAAUUUCACAGUUGCACCCACACAAGCCCUCGAAGGCCCACCCACCACGCCUGCACCUACAGUCAUCCCAGUGACCACAGUUGCAACAACAACAACAGCAGCAACUACAACAACAGAAACAGCCACCACCUUCACUACAAGCCCACCUGCCGGGGAGGAUGUAGAACCUGCUGGUCCCAAUGGGACUGGACGGGUGUUACCUGUGCCUCCUUCCCCACCUCUAGUUACAACUAAUACCCCUCAGGUACCACCAACCACUGAGCCUAACCCAGCACCCACCCCAGCAGAAGAAGACAACGGGACCACUGCCCUUCCUCCAGAGACCCCAACUCCAGACGCCUCUGAGGAUGAGAUAAUAACUGAGGAGACCGAGCCCACCACAGAACCUGGGAUGGACUUCACCUCAGACACCAGCCCACAUGGUGAGUGUUUGUGUGAGAAAGUGUAAUGUCUUUUUAAUUUUUUAUAGGAACCAUCCACCCUCUAAUCUGUACAGUAACACAGCAACAAAUUCACUAUGGAGAUUGAGAUACCCCACCAAAAGUAACAUCAAAAAACAAGAAUCCCAUGAUGCAACACAAGAUAUUGAGCAGGUCAAUCAAGCUGAGCACCAUCAUUUUACAAGCUAAGACUUUUCUUAACAACCCUCUGCAGACUUCAGUCAUCACUUUUCCUACCACACUUUAACCCCCAGACAACUUCCCAAUAAUAUGCUUUGAUGAAGCGCUCUGUGAACAGCCAGCCAUUUCAGAAAUGACCUUCUGUGGCUCAGCCUCCCCAUCAAUGGUCGUCAAUGACCAUUUACAUUAUCGUGUGAUCGAUUACAUUGUUAAGAUUAUAACUGUAAAGCACUCAUCACACUUGAGUUUACAUGUAGAAGUACAGAACUGAUCACAUUUUCAGUUUCUGAAAGAACUCAUAGAAAUAUCCAACUUCUAGUAAGUUCUUAUGUUUUGAGCUAAGAAAAAAAAGCGAUUUAUAGAUAAUCUGACUGGAUUUGUGCAUUAAGUGGUGUCCUAUCUGAGAUGUGAUACAGCCUUUGUCAUCUUGGGGCAUCAGUUAUUAUGUUGUACACUGUUAUUUCUACAACUGUAAUGCUAGUAAAGUAAUUCUCUGUUUCUUCAUUUUAAUGGGGCGUUCACACCAAGUGCGAGUAAAUCAUCUACUCUCUCAAUUCGCGCGUCAACAGUAAUUUCAAUGGUAAUCCCUGUCAAUUCAACCAGGGGGAUCAAGUGAUAGACAAAAGUUCUUAACAAUUCACCAGGUAAUCCGACCUCCUCACUCAUUUGCCUCUGGGCGAGCUCCUUUUUAUUCCAGUUUUGGUCAUUGAAAGGAAAGGUAUCCUAUAAUUCAGGGCACCCACACAUAGACACAAUCAAUUUGUCCUCCAUUUUAGAAACCAGUGAACAACCGUCUGUUUUCAUACGUCACCUGCCAAUGUUCAUGCUGAUUAGUCAUCGCGACGCGGAUAUCCACUGAAGUUGAGACAUUUUCAGCUGCUGCCCAAUUCGUGUCAUUUGCGCCACCAGAGUAGUAUGAGUAUCUAAUCGCGUCUUUGCAUUGACAUAACAUGUAAUUCAUUUGCGCAAAUGAUUUUACUUGUGCUUGGUGUGUGGAAACAGUAACACUGAGAAAGUUGCUGUUGCUGCCUUGGUAACAGCUUUGAACCUUCUUUUUUUUCUUUUACAAUUUUAUACUUUCAAAAUGUAUCCAAGUUUUUUUUUUUUUUUACAGUUGGAUACAUUUGAUCUGACAGUGCCCGCAAGGUUUUUCCUGCUGUACGCCCUCUUUAAAGGUCACUGGGCAGUCACUUUCAUGUUUGCAUGUAUCUCCUUCCUGUAUUUGAGCUCCCAUCUGUCAUCAGAUCUUCCAAGACGCAGCUGAAUGCUGCUUUUGAAAAAGACCUAGCUAAAGUAGAUUUAGACAAACGGCUAAGAGGAUCUUUUAGUGACAAGGAAGCAAAGUUUUAUGAAAAUAACUCCUCUGCACUACAUUGACAUUACUUACUGCUGGUAGAGCAUAGAGAGACAUCGAAGGUGUUUCUGUGUUCUUCCAUCUAGCUUUGUAUUUUUCAAGCAGGCUGUCAAAGCUGCCGCAACAACUAGAAUGAGCAAGCCAGUGAGCUCUCUGGUCAAGAGUCAACCUUAAAUAUUUUAGAUAGUGAAACACUUUUCUGCUCUUAGACUCUAUUGUAGCAGAGCUGGAAAUAGCAGCAGCAUUUGACCAGUCAUCCAGACGGACACCACCAAAAAAGUAGACAAGUUAAUGUGAAGAAAAGAGGGAAGGGGGAUUUCUGUGUCCAAAUUGCUUCUUCUGAUGCUUUUACUUCAACAUUUAAGAUUGGCUCAACAUGAUAAAUCUGUAGAAAAUACUUUAAAUUUGUGUCUUUUGUUGGUUUGUAUUUGUAUUCUGUGUGUUUUCUGGCCAUGUUUGAAGCAUCCUUCUCACUGAAACAUGACUCCCCCCACCCUUUUCUUUGCCAUUAAUUAUUCAUGUUGCAUGAUUAUAGAGAAAUAGACAUAUCACUAUCAGAUGUCACUAAUUGAUUUGGAAGGAUGAUUUUCAUUAUAGACUCAGAUAAUUGCAGGUAUGUUUUGGAUCAAACUGCAGCAGAUAAAGCAGGGUUUUUGCGUUAAAUACUUGGAGAGAGUUUUUGAGGACUAGAAGGGAGCCUGUUGAAGUUUAGCAAAGUAUUUGACUCUCCUGGUCAACAGUAAUAUGCCAGAUGUGCCUGCUCUGCUCUAUAGUAUAUCUAUUAUAUAACAAUCACUUUGGGUUGGUAGGCGUUAUGUAAUUGCUCUAUUGUCUCUCCCCCCUGGCCAUCUGUGAGCAGUGUGUGUGGACUGGAGAGCUGUGAGCGGUAAUAGAUGGCAUCAGAUCCGUAAAGGCUGGGUCAGCUCCAUAUGAUACCCAUAGUCUGUUGUGCUCCCGCUUCUUUUUCAAUGUACACUGUCAAUGGCAUUGUCUGAGGAAGAAUGCCAAAAAAAAGUCCUGGGAACUGCAAGUGAAACGCAACAUGGAUGGGCAGCGUUCCAACUACUUCUUCCAGAAAGUGCAUAGGAAGCGUACAGUCAAAGGAUGCAUUCUUUGUCACAUAUUUUGUCCGCAAUGUUAAGAGCUUUCUUGAACUCCGACUCAGCUAGUGGAACAGCUGAUUUUGUCGUUGUAUUGUCACUACAGCCGGACAGUUUUCUAGAAAAAUCCCUCCUUUUGUUGUGGCCGAAUGUGUCUUACUGACCACUCAUCAGCACACAAAUGGCAGCCAGUUCAUUUUUUUUUUCUGCUCAGCUCGCUCCUGUUGUUGUUCGGGCACAUCUCAUGUCUUUUGUGUUAACUGUGGCAGUGAAAGGUCACCAGGAAGACUGUAGGUUCAACUUCAACCAGUAACUUAUGUUCACGGUGGAAACGUACAAAUUGUUCAGCCAUUGUCGUCUGCACAAGACACCACAAACAACAGAUUACUCUUUACAUCCAUGUAAUAUUUAAUCUGUAAAGUUCAGCCUUUGUAACUACAAGGUUGUUUUGGUUUUCUGUAUCAUCCUAGUAGACUGACAGGGUUGAUGCUUCUGAACAAAAAGGAAAGUUUUUGAAUUUACAUUAAAAAGUAUCGUAUAGAAUUCAGAAUUUUCUGUGUUUAUCGCCACCAUCAUGUUUCUGCUGUCACCUCGGGUACAGAAGCCAAAAGUCCACACUCUCAGUUAAACUGUGAUUUAUCUGCCCACUGUCCUUUGCAAAUGAUCUUUUUUUGGAGGGAGGUUGGAAAGGCCAAUAAAAUAUUAACAUUGUGAAUAACCACUUAGGAAAGAAAGACGCAGAGGUUAUGUUCAUGAGGCAGAGGUCUCUUUAAAACCGUAGCUUUUUAACCCGAUUCCUAACAUAUGGACAAGCUUAAAUCCUGUCUUGAUUAUAUGAAAAUUGAACAUAGUUAUCAGGACUUUAAACAACCCAUAUCCACAACAAAGCUCUCCAGUUCACUUGUCAAGUCUUGUUCUGUACCAAAAAAAAAAGUUCCUUGUGUGGGUUUAUUUUUGUGGUUAUCUGCUUGACUAUUUCUUGGCCGGGGCCAGCCUGAGCCGAUUUUGCAUACGAGUUCAUCGAGGAUGUCUGAUUAUAAAACAUCCACAUUUAACUUAAUACAUCCAAAGCUUGACUGUAACAGAAUGGGUAUGUUAAUGGAAAUGAAAUAUGGUGUCACUUUCAAACCAGAACAGACUGAGCUCAAUUACUGCGGAACAUUUUGUAAUCAAAUUUAUGAGACAAGCAAUUCAUUAUUUUGAUUUUUUUUUUUUCUCUGGUGCAGACAACAACCCGUCUGAUGACAUGCCGAUCAUAGCUGUCAUGGUGGCCCUUUCCUCCCUGCUGGUCAUCAUCUUCAUCAUCAUCAUCCUCUACAUGCUCAGGUCAGUGAAGUGAAGUGUACUUGAUGCAACAUGUUACGCACUGGCUGGAGACCUGUGGUGAUGGCCUAAGGUGCUCCUGUUACCAUGGAAACAACUGAUUGGCAUGCAGCAGUGAGGCCAAAGCAAUGUGUUUUUAUGUUUUGGUGCGUGUGUGUGCUUGUGUGUUAGAGAGAGAGAGAGACAGUGUGUGUGUGUCUGUCUGUGUGUUUUAAUAUGCACUUUGAUCUGCUCUGAUUGACAGGUUUAAAAAGUACAAGCAGGCCGGGAGCCAUUCAAACUCCUUCAGGCUGACCAAUGGAAGAUCAGAUGAUACAGGUAAAUACACACAUGCACUGGUCCGCCUGUGUGCGUGUUUGUAUGUGUCAGCAAAUGUCAAUGCAUGCAUACUCACAGUGCACAUUCUUGUUUAUUUUGGCUCAUAUCAGCAAAUUUGUUCAGCCGGCUUGACCAAACUUGUAACUUCCAGUUGUUUUUGAUAAGACUUGAUUGAUCCCACUCCCCUGACUGAUAACGUAUCACUGGUUGACUGUUGCCAGAAGGCUUUUGUUCACUGUGAUUACCUAACCAACAGAACUGCAGUUCGCUCCUUUUUAAGUCAAAUCAUUGAAUCACACCGCCCCCUGGUGGCCAUCUGUGGGGACAACUCCUCAUGAUGAAGUCAGAAGAACUUGAUUAACUACAAGACAGUCACACUCUCUUUUGUUAACCCCUUAUCCCAUGUCUCUAUCUCCACCUGUCUCACCCCUCCUGUUCCUUCCCUCCUUUCCUCUCUCCUCCCUUCCUCCGCGCCGGCGCAGAGCUCCAAAGCGUCCCGCUAUUGGCCCGCUCGCCCAGCACAAACAGGAAGUACCCGCCUCUUCCUGUCGACAAGCUGGAGGAAGAAAUGAACCGCCGCAUGGCCGAUGACAACAAGCUCUUCAGGGAGGAGUUUAAUGUACGGCACACUCGAGCACACACCCUCUGAUAACACACUGAGUCUGGUUUUCACCUUUAACACACAUCCCUGAAACUAAUUCUGGUGAGCGGGAGUUUCCAGGCAGGUAGAAACUCUGCUCAUUUGAAGGAUUACAGAGCAAGAAAAGACUAAAAAAGAUACCAUUUUUGUGUGAGGUGGAAAAAUAAAACUAGAAUCUGGUUUUAUGACUGAUGUUACAGAUAUAUUAAUGAGUAAGCUGUGAGUGAGGUGAUGCAGCAGGCUGACUAUACAGCACAAAAUGCCCCAAACCCUGUGAUAGCUCUAACACAUCGAUGCAAGCUUUUGUUCUAUCACAUUGCAGAAAUUAUGUACACACUCAAGUUCUGACCUCUCUUUCAUGUUAUCUUGAUUUGCUUUCUUCCUUUUUCCAUUUGUCAUUCUCCGUGUUCAGGCACUGCCAGUCUGCCCCAUCCAGGCAUCAUGUGACGCUGCCUCCAAGGAGGAGAAUAAAGAAAAGAACAGAUAUGUCAACAUCCUGCCAUGUGAGCAACAAACUCGCACCAACAAAGUAGCACUCGGAGUGACUGAGUUCAUGUCUGCUGUGUCAUGCUUGAGAACACUAAAUCUCUACUGUUCCAGUGAAAAUCAAAGAGAGUUCAUGAAGUUAUAAUUUUAUAGUCAGGACAAAGAAACUUGUAACACAUCAUGUGUUAUUCAAUUUAUUUUUUCCUAAUGUGGUUUGUCUGUCUGUGUCUCCUACUUCCUCCCACAGAUGAUCACUCCAGGGUGCAUCUGUCAUCUCUGGAGGGAGUUCCAGACUCUGACUUUAUCAACGCCUCCUUUAUUAAUGUUUGUAUAACUGCAGCUAUUUUCCCACAGAAGAUUCAGUCCCUUUGAAGAUGUUUAUAACUCAUAAUUUGUCUUUCUGUGGUUUCCGUCUGUUGCAGGGGUACCAAGAGAAAAAUAAGUUCAUCGCAGCUCAAGGUUUGAGUUUGAAUCAUUAACACAGUCCAACAAAUAUUAUUCACUUUUUCAUCUCUUGUCUGAUUUUUCCACCUCUCAUUCUGUCUCUCAGGGCCAAAGGAGGAAACGGUGAACGACUACUGGCGGAUGAUCUGGGAGCAGAACACAGCAACUAUCGUCAUGGUGACCAAUUUGAAGGAGAGGAAAGAGGUAGGAACACUGGAGGGAUGCACGUGCUGUACAAGCUUCAUUUCAAUCAAUGAUACAACAGCUUCAAAUAAGAGAUGCAGGCAUUCGAACAAAACCCUAACAAGAGUGAGGUUUGAAAGACACUGACACUCAAACACAAAGGGACCAGAAAAUGUCAACCUCUCAUGGUAUUUGCUUACUGAAUAUGACCCCAGCAAAGUUAAUUUAAAAACUUUCAUACCAACAAGUUAGAGAUCUGAUUACAUCCACAUGAGGGUCCCUGUUACAGAGCCAGAGUGGGGAUGACAAGUGAAGAGUCAGUUCUUUCACAGUACUUACUUUGUCAUUAACAAAGGCACUUUAAAGACUGACUUAACAAAGACCUCUACCUCAGUGAAAGUUGAUCUGUGAAAUCUGUUCAAAACAAAUAAAGGUUCACAUCAUCGUGAAAUUGAAAACCUGGCUGUGCAAAAUACUUGAUGGCCACCAGGGUUCCCCUCAAUCUGCUGUGUUAAUGUUAUGAAGAGGUCUAACACGGAUUCAGUUCACAAUUCAGUCAAAGAAAGCAUGGGCUGAAGAUUAAAAUGGAUCUAGGAGGCUUGACAAUAUCGCAUGUGAUACUGGAUCAAAUGUGUCCACUUAGGAUGUCCAUUUAGGUCCACAAAUACAUCUCAGAUCAGGCUCUCUUGGUGCAAAUGUUGCAUUUUUUCCAAUCAUCCAACUGCUCCACUGUCCAACAAGCUGGCGAGCGACUGACCUCUAAAUCUCCAUCCUGGCUCUCUGUCUUCUUGAGCAAAGGCCCCAUGCUCGAUCUGACAAAGCUCCCAGCUCACCCAUGGAUAAGCUAAUACGCGCAGUCCACUGUCUCUCUUCCUUUGUUGUUCCAAUCCAGCUUUCUAGAAGUAAAUCCAAAGUACCACACUUUUCUCCUUCUUUCCUGUAUUUUCACAUACACAGCCCACAGAUAGUGCACCACAGAAAAAAGUACGCUUCUUUCAGGCUGUAGGAUGGGAUCAUGUUGGGCCAUGAUCCCAGAGGCAGUAUUUAUUGUGUAUUCUUAUUAGUGAAAAAAAUAUAUCUACUUUUUCCAUUAAGAUGUUGACUAUAAGUCAACCUAAAAAAUGACAACUGUAAAUGGAAACAAAUUGAUCAGAGGUUGAUUCAUGGUUUUUUGAAACAAACAUGUUCAGCAGUAUUUGAAGUCUCACAUUUGUUCAACUGGUUUAAUGACUCAUGGCUCUUUCUUAUUAGUUUAUGCACACAUCUUUGUGAGUGUGCUAAAUGUUGGGUUAUUUUCUCGUUUCCAGUGCAAGUGUGCCCAGUACUGGCCGGACCAGGGCUGUUGGACAUACGGGAACAUUCGUGUGUCUGUAGAAGACACUAUGGUUUUAGUGGACUACACCAUCCGCAAGUUCUGCAUUCAACAGGUUUGAAUUGUUUCAGAUAUAUGUAGAGAAAUGAAUUAAACCCUUGAUAACACUGACCGUGCUGUGGCUCGGUUGAUGACCUUGUUUGCUCAUGUUUCAGGUUGGGGAUGUGUCUGGGAAGAAGCCUCAGAGGCUCGUCACUCAGUUCCACUUCACCAGCUGGCCUGACUUCGGGGUGCCCUUCACACCUAUAGGGAUGCUCAAGUUCCUCAAAAAGGUCAAGAACUGUAACCCUCAGUAUGCUGGGCCCAUUGUGGUCCACUGCAGGUAAAAAGGAUCAAAGUUUAUGCCUUUUUCUUUGCAUAUUUUUGCUGUGCUUCUUUGUCUGCAUAUUGCAUCCCACUCAUGACGUGUGUUCUGUGUCUGUCAGUGCGGGCGUGGGGAGGACAGGAACCUUCAUUGUGAUCGAUGCCAUGUUAGACAUGAUGCUCGCUGAGAGGAAGGUGGACGUGUUUGGUUUCGUCACCAGGAUCAGAGCCCAGCGCUGCCAGAUGGUCCAAACUGAUGUGAGAACUCCAAGUCCAUACACACACACAGUGUCCUACAAUGUCGUGUUUCCAGUGCACAAUAUUUUUACCUCCACUUGUUUCUUAUUUCUCUUCUUUUAGUCGCAAAGCACUUUUGAACCCUGCUUUGAAGUGGUAUUUGAAUAAAGUCUUUAAUGUACUUUUAUAAUUAUAACUGUCAUAAUAUUCUUAACGCCUCUCUUUGUCCUACAGAUGCAGUACGUGUUCAUCUUCCAGGCGUUGUUAGAGCACUACCUGUAUGGAGACACAGAGCUGGAGGUGACCUCUCUGGAGUCCCACCUGGCCAAACUCUACGCACCCUCACCUGGAGCCGGCUGUAGUGGUCUGGAGGCUGAAUUCAAGGUCUGUGGUCUUUCUUUUUUUGUUUUUUGUUUGUUUUUUACAUGGAUACUUCUCACUGACAGCUGAACAACAGGGAUGGAAAGAGUACUCAAAUUUUCAACUCACAUGAAAGUAGGUACUUUGUUAAUAGUUUAUUAAUCUCCUUAGUUUCAGUAAAGUACUUCAUUUGAAUUUUACUCAGAGUACUGAAUACUGGGUACUUUAACCCAUGGCAGUGGGGUUGGGGUGUUUGAUGCUCCACAAACAGCGCAAGUGUCACAAUAUGACCAAGAGUACUUUAUUGGCUCUGCACCUUUUCAUGGUGAAGUUAUGUAAUACUUGGGCAGCAUCUUUUGAAGUUAGUCCUUUCACUCUCAAGUCAAGGCUGGCUCAGCAGAGAGGCUUGUUUCUACAAGUCAAACAAAGACUUAAUUGAUUGUAAUGAGUAAAGAAUGUGGUAGUGAAAUCAUCUUGACGCCUUAUUUCAAGGAUCCUAUCAAGAUCAAUUCAACUUGAAAUAAGAUUUGUUUUGGGGUCUGUCAGGUCAGUGGAGCUAAAUUAAGUGUAAUGAGAUGUUUUGACUUGAAUUCGAGACAAAUUCACUCUGUAAUAUUUGAGUGUUUCACAGAUUAGAAUUCUUUUAGUCAUCUAGUUGUCAUGUGGUUAAGAGAAAGCUUGCAGGUCUUUUUCUCUUUACUUGGUUACUCAUUCGCUGAUGCUGUGUAAAAUGUAGAAGUUUCAGUAGAGAAAACUGAAGUCAGAAUUCAAGUUCCUAUUUAAAAAAGUCAACUUAAUACAAAUACACAAAAAGUAUUCGAUUACGUGGAUGUAAUCAGUUACUUUCCCCCUCCUGCUGAAUGGUAGAUAUCCAGCAAGAUGACAAUAACCAUUGUGUAUCAACUUGUGUCUUUUUUUAUAAAUCAAGUGUUGUGAUUCUGAUCAUUUUUAGAAACUAACAUCCAUCAAGAUUCAGAAUGACAAGAUGAGGACAGGCAACCUGCCCGCCAACAUGAAGAAGAACAGAGUCUUACAGAUCAUUCCAUGUGAGUUCACAUUUCACUGCAAUUUAGUCUUACUUUUGUCUACGAAUAUUUCUUACACUUUAUUUGUAUGCUGACAAUGUUGCUUCCUUCAGGCUUUUAGUCCGAUAAUUUUAGAGUUAUCUCAUUACAAGAUAAAAGCACAAAAGUGUCUGAAAUGAGGGCACAUUGUGGUACAAAUGUAACAAAUAAAUCUUAGUUAUUUGAUAGAAGCGCUCUCAUUUGCUUGUUUAAAGAUAUAAAGUUUUAAUACUUAAUGAUGACACUGCAGCUGCUACAUCUAGACAUUUACAAAACUGUUUUUUUUUCUGUGUCAGACUUGAAACUUCUCUAGAUUUCAGAUAUUUGUGGUUUCCCUGGUACUUAAAAUUAUAACUCCCUUGUAUCUUCCUUUGCAAUCUCUGUUCAAUCCUUUUUUUUUUCCCCAUUUGUUUCUUAAGGAAUAUUUUCCCCUUUUUUUUAUUUUUUGCCCUUGUUUUUGAGAGUUGACUUUGAGCUGUUUGUUGUUACAGUAGUGAGCAGUGGGUCCCUGGAUUAUCAUGGUUUAUGCACACGGUGGUUAAUCCCAUAAAGGGAGUAGUGUUCAUAGCUUCAUAUGCCUCAGCACUGAAGGUUUCCAAAGUGAAGAGUAACGGUCCUCCUUUCCUCCGACAGACGAGUUCAACAGAGUGAUCAUUCCAGUCAAACGAGGAGAGGAGAACACAGACUACGUCAAUGCUUCAUUCAUCGAUGUGAGUGUAAAAGCCCCAGGUUGACAGUGGAUCAUUUCAUCUCAUCGAUGCAAGCGAUCGAUUGAGCUCUACUUACUGUUUAUUUUUGUAUCCGAUAUCAAUCCCGCCUUUGCCUCUGGACAUCACUUCCUGCCAUCUCUCCUGUCUUGUCACAGGGUUACCGUCAGAAGGACUCGUACAUAGCGAGUCAGGGCCCGCUGCAGCACACCAUCGAGGACUUCUGGAGGAUGAUCUGGGAGUGGAGAAGCUGCUCCAUUGUCAUGCUCACUGAGCUGGAAGAGAGAGGGCAGGUGUGUGGAUGUGUGUGUGUAUAAAAACACCAGUGGGUCAAUAAAGGGCUAAAAUAGAAUAUUGAUAUGCCACAGUAAAGUCAAUGCUAAACUGACGCCACCAGCUGAGAUGAAGUAGUAACAACCUGAGCAAAACUGUUUAGACAUCUGGUGAAUUUGUAAAAGCUCUAGCUGAAGUGUUUUAAACUUCAUUCAAAAUUAAGGUGACCAGAUUUCUGUUAGGAAAUCUGGGGACAUCCAGGGGUUGGGGGGUGCUGAGCAAAAUGGGAUUUCAGGCCCUUUAUUUCUGGAGAGUGGUGGGGAGGGGGCAUCGGCUGUGUGAUUACAGACAACAACUCAGUACUACUUAGUAGCAGCGCAUGCCCCCAGUAAUGACCCCCCAUAAAAACUUUUUGUUCAGGACUGCGCACAACAUGCUAACUUGCGCUUCCUACCUACCCGGCCACUGUAAUAACCGUUGUUCUAGUCUACACGUAACUUUUUUUUUUUUUCUCAUUCAUGAAACGCUUAAAUCUGGGACAUUUCAUGGGACAACAUUAGGUCAUCCCAGAAUUCGGGGACGUCUGGUCACCUUAUUUAAAAUCAGAAAGACAGUCAUCGAGUGAAGCAGUUUAACCAUCUGUAUUAUGACUCCUGCAGGAAAAGUGCGCACAGUACUGGCCCAGUGAUGGAGUGGUGGUUUACGGGGACAUCUCCAUCGAGAUUAAAAGGGAGGAGGAGAGUGAGAGCUACACAGUGCGAGACCUCCUGGUCACCAACAACCGGGUAAGAAAAGAAAAGAUAAACUAAAAUCCCUAAACUCAGUGGAGGAGCGAUAGACAAAAACACUCACAGUUUAUAGAUAAACCAGCUAUUUUUUAGAAUAUGACCUGCAAAGCUCGUCUUUCUCUUACUUUCUAGGAGAACAAGGCUCGAGCCGUGCGUCAGUUCCACUUCCACGGCUGGCCAGAGGUGGGCAUCCCCACUGACGGUAAAGGCAUGAUCAACAUCAUCGCAGCGGUGCAGAAACAGCAGCAGCAGUCUGGCAACCACCCCAUCACAGUGCACUGCAGGUAAGACUCACAUACACACACAGACGUCCUGUUGCUUUUCAUGCUGAAAAGAAAUCAAACCCCUUGUUGUCAUGGUAAUCUUAAUGAUUGUGUGUAUUAGUCUUGUAAAGGGAAAUGCAUCUGGCAGUCAUGUGUGCUUGUGUGUGUCUGGGAACUUGUCGCAGCCAUUAAAUCACAGGAAAAAACAGCUCAGAAGAAUUGUUCUCUUCUUCCUUGUGACAUUUUAAGUGCUCUCAGCUAUGCCCCCCCUCCCUUUUCUUUAAACAUAUACACUCACUGCAAAUCUUCUCAUGUAUGCUGCUAUUUUUAACCUUUUUGUAGUUGUAAUGUGGAGAUUUUUAUAUUUGUAUAUUGUGUAUUUACAGUGCUGGUGCUGGCAGAACAGGGACUUUCUGUGCAUUGAGUACAGUCCUGGAGAGAGUGAAAGCAGAGGGCAUCCUGGAUGUCUUCCAGACAGUCAAGAGCCUAAGACUGCAGAGACCACACAUGGUGCAGACACUGGUGAGCAACCUCUUGAUUCUUCUUCUGUCUAUAAUUUUUGUUGCUUUGUAGCCAAUUUGUGUCAACACUUUAUUCCAACACGUACAGGUAUUUUCAGAGAGUAGAAAUGUGGUUUGAAAGGCUAGGUGGGAAAUAAAAGUAUUUAUUAUUGAUUUUGAGGUUUUGAUCCCACUGGAGCCGUUAGUCUAAGUCCCCAGAUAUAUCAAAUACAUGUAGUUUGUUUCAUUUUACCGUGUUUUUACCAACAUAUCACAAAUUAUGUGACUGAGCUGCUGGUUUUUUAAGCCUAAAUUCAAAGGAUUGAUAAUUUCAAUCACUGAGAUCUGACAGAAUUCACAUAAUGGUAAUGCUGGUAGCUCAGACUGACACAGCUGUUUCCCAUCCACUCCUCUCCUCAGGAGCAGUAUGAGUUCUGUUACAAAGUGGUCCAGGAGUACAUCGAUGCCUUCUCUGACUACGCCAACUUCAAAUAGAGACCUGCCAUAGAUGGAUGGAUGUCCAGCUACACUUCAUACAAACAUGCACACAACAGAACACAGACGCACACAUGUAUUACCAUGCAGGAAGCUGCAUGUUCCAAUCUGAUGGAUUUUUUUUUAAAGGAAAAGACUCGUCACAAUGUGAUCUGUGGAUGAGACGAACUGCCUGAUGGAAAAGGGAACAGAGGCCUCGGCCCAGAGGAGGAAAAGGCUGGGCAGUCGGACAAAGAAAAUAACUGAGAUGCCUUCUUGAAUAUUUUGUAAUAUUGGUCUUGUUAAUACAGCCCUCACCCCUAUUUGCUCCCCCUUUCUCCUCCCAACCCCCAACAUGUAUAUAUACUUACUGUGUUGCAUCUUAUUACUUUGGUUUCAGACACAGUUUUGAGUUUGGCUGCAUUUUUUGGGUGGCACCUGUAAUGUAUUUUAUUGGUAUAUACAUAUAAAUAUAUAAAUAUAUAUGAAUAUAAAUCUAAUGCUUUGGAGGCUAUUGUAAAAAAAAAAAAUCCAGAGUCAUGGUGAGGUGUUUUGGAUUUUUAUUUUGUACUUUUUAGGGAGUGAGACAUUAAACCAUUUUGGCUGUGCUAGCCACGCUGUAGCAUCAACAUACGUAGACAAGCCCUGGACUGUUUCCACCCCCAGACAUCCGUACAGGAAACAAAUGAGCAGGGCUGUUUUACUUUGGACAGAUUAAACCCCAUCAAGUGAGCCAACUCCAGUUUCUCCUUUUUGCAGGGGUCAGGGGGUUCAAAUGGUCGCCCACUAUUGGAGAAUAGAAUCGCUGUGAUGUAGCUUAUUGACUCAGGUUGACACACACGAACAUACACUUAAUACCAGGAGCCAUUUGUUUUCUGAGAGCAUCAGUGUGUGUCUGUUAAAACCGGAGCAGAAGCUGGCACAGACUACACAGUGUUUUCAACACCGCUGUCUGCUUUCUGUCGAGUGCCAAAGUCCUUCAACUCGCUGGAGUCUGAGACUCCAUGCUGAGACAUCCAGAAUAAGAGAGGUGUUUCACUCUUUAAUGACUCAUAACCAACAUAUACCAGGAUUAUGUAAGUAAACUGAGAAGGUUAGGAAUAAACAUAGUUUUUUUGUACUCCUAAAAUUUAGGAAAAUUGGGUAAUUGGUCAAGCUUUUGUAUGAAAUCUCUGAUAAUUUUUUUCUGACGGGCUGUUACAGUACCAACACUUAAGGUGAUCAGGUUCACAAGCCAAACAAACAUAGUCUUCUCCAUUGCAUCCUAGAAGACAGCAGCUGUUAUAUACCCAGCAUAUUUCUUGUUUACAGACACAUGUCAGUAUUUCUUUUAGAUUAUACUGAGUAUUUCUUUCUGUUUGGGUUUCCUUUGCCUCACUUCACUACGCUGUGCUGUCUCUGAAAGAAUAAUCCCUUUUAUUCCCCACUUUGAACACAGAUACCGAGGAAUGUUUCUUUUUUAUUCGAAUGCUGUUGCUAACAAAGUCCUAAAAUAUGGAUAUGUUGUUACUUAAAUAGUGGAGGUGCCAUGCAAUGUGUGCUAUGAUUUUUAUUUUGACUGUCCUGGGAGGACACUUGGACUUGAACCACAGUAUUUCUUUUUAUUUUUGAGAUGAGGUCACAAAUGAGGCCGUGCCCUUCUUGAUUGUAUUGAAAGAUGAAUAAUGUCAGUCAACCACAGGGCUUCAGGUCACUCUAAUUUCCGCUCAGUCAGCUCAGGAAAUGACCAGUGCCAGGAUUGUUUGAAUUUACAAACGGAAAAAAUUCAGCUUGAGGUCAUCUCAGCAAUCAACUCCUGUUUUAAUAUUUUAUUUCAUAUAGAGUUUUAACUUGAUAUCGGAAAUGAGAAUUUUACAGAUUUUCCAGCCCUUUUAACAAUUUGUGCGCAAAAAUCACUUUAACUCCAACACUCCCUCAUGUAAUCACUUUUAUUUAAAAAAGGAGCACAAUCAAUUCUUAAUUUAUUGAUAGCAGACAUCAUUAAACGUGCUGUUUUCUUUUUUUCUUUUUUUCAGAAGGCUGAAAGCAGCAUCGAUGUUGAUCGUUUGAACACUCAUGCACUAUUUGCACCAGAAUCAAAGCCCUUAAAGAUAAGCAACCAAAUAAGAGACAAAGUCAGAAUGAUGCUAGGACCUUCUUUAUCAGUAAUCAGAUUUUACUUGGAAGGGUUAUCAGGUCUCAAAGCCCAGGUUAUGCCCUUCCGCAGGGGACCUGAAAGUAGCCGGCAUUUGAAUUGACCAGACGCUGAAACUGUUCGCUGUUUGUGCAUCGUCAUCAUCAUUUCAGGUCUAUUUUUGUUCCAAAGCAACACAAGUGCCCGCACAUUAUGUUAAGGUGCCAUAGUGUACUUCAUUUAUUUGCUUGGUCACUUAUUGGCUCUUAUCAAAGGAGGGGGAUGUUUUUUUGUUUGGCUGUUCUGCCUGUGCGUCAAAGGCAGGUGGGCUGUGUGUGUUCGGAUCAUUUGAUCUUUUUCUCUCACUGCAUUUGGUAGCAAAACAAAACACUGUGCCAACCCAUAGUGAACUAGUGAACUUAGAGAAGUGCCUCGCUGGUAGGAUUUCAAAAGGAGCUUAGCAGUUGAAUUAAUGGAACCAUUGUUAUUCACAAGUAUUUACCCACUCUGUUUGUCCUAAGCUCUCAUCUGCAGGCUGAUGACAAAUGUCUUUGCAUGACGAAUCAAAAGGGCCAAAGCCAAGACUGGGUCAGCCAUCCCUCCUCUCACAUUCCCUUAAGUCGCUUAUUCAGACCCUCUAAUUGUGCAGGUGAAACAAGCGUUGAGGUAACUUUGAAAAUUAAUUCCAUCUUCAUUUGACGGCUUCAUUUCAUUCCAUAUCAUUUAAAUGAAGGGGUCUAUGACGAGUAAUCAGUUGUUGGCCUAAAUGUGCAACAAAAUUAUAAGAACAAACAUUGGAUUGUUACUGCGGAAAAGGAACCAGUUUUCCAUCCCUUUCUCCCUGGAGGAGGAGUAGCAUUUUGAAUGCAGCAAGAAUCAGAACCUUUUUUCAACAUGCAACUUUGCUUCUUGCCUCUGGGACUUUUAUAUGUCUUUAACAUCUCCUGUCCACUAACCUCUGUCUCCCUUUAGCUUCCCUUUCUUGUGUUACUUUGCCCUUGGACCAUUUUUUUCCUCAGUGGUCAUUCCCCACUCCCUCUUGUACAUAAUGUAAGGUUAUUUAUAUUUCAUUCCUGUCUGCUGCCUUGCUUAUUUUAUUCUCUUCUCCCUCGUUUUUUUUUUUUUUUUUCUUUUUAAAAGACGGAUAUUGAACUGUAUCGGGACCAUUUUGAAAUGUAUUAGAGAUGUUUUGUUUCGGCCAUUUUUAAUUAGCUAUAAUUGUCUUAAGCAAAUCCUAUUUUUUAAUUUGCCUAUGUUUGUUUCUAGUGUUUUGUUAUUAAACAUUUAAAUAUAUGUAUAUAUAAUUAUAUAUAUUAUAAAAUUAUAUAUAAUUAUAUAAUGCCAAAUGGCCUUUCUAAGCAAGAUACUGUUCAACCCUAAUAAAGUGCUUGAGAUUUUA